CAGUAUUUCAAUGGGAAUUUGGACAUUACAUUAAAACAAAGCUUUUUAUCGUUUGCAUCGAUUAUUCGUGUGCUGUUGCUGUGAUCCGUGUUCAAGGUCACUGUACCGAUCCUGUAUUCCUGUAUGUUGUGCGAAAUGUUUGCAAACCGUGCCAAUGUUUUUAAUCAACUCAACGUGAGGAUAAUUUGUCUUCGUUUUACUCACACACGACGAGGUGAAUUAUAUAACAAAUGCUACCAGUUACUCGGUGUUACCGAGCAAUCCGACCAGAACACGGUACGGCAGGCUUAUUUAUCCCUCGUCAAAAAACUGCACCCAGACAGCGGACAUCCGGAUGCGAGCGCUGAUCGGUUUGCCGAAGUCGACGGAGCGUUUCGUAUUCUUCAAGAAAAGUUUGCCAAAGCAAGGCGCGGUAUCGCCGAGGACUUACACGAGCAGGUGAAGGUUUACGACAUUCGCCACACGGCCCCGCAGCAUCGACAGUACCUUAGCUUCGAUGGCAUCGGCUUCGGAACGCCUGCCCAGCGCCAAAAGCAAUACCAAGCCGCCCGGGCACAGAAGGCCCAGGAACGGGUCCUCGAGCAUCGACUCUCGAAAGCGCAAGCAUCGGAAACGGCACUCAUGCGUAAAGGGGACUACUUUAAGAAGCACGAAAUCAAAACCAAAUACGGCUUCGAUCGCGUUGUGGAAGAUCAGAUCCUGGAAGCGAUGUCGCGUGGCGACUUUAGCAACCUUUCCGGCUUUGGUAAGCCACUUCCCGACCAUCAGUCCCAAAAUCCCUACGUCGACUUCACCACCCAUAAAAUUAACAAAAUUUUGCUCGACAAUGGGUUUAGCCCCGAAUGGAUUACCCUGCACAAAGACGUACGAGGGGCGGUGGCAACGUUACGUGGGGCGCUCCAUAGUGCGCGCGCUAAGCUAGGGCCACUUCCGCUCACCGUACAAGAGGUGCAACGGUGGGAAAAGGUGCUCGAAGAGCACCGGUAUGCUGCCGAGCAAAUCAAUAAAAUGAUCGAUAAGUUCAACUUGAUCGUACCGAUACUGAACAAACAGAUGGUACGCCUCGAUCUGGACCGACUCGCUAGAGAACUUCUCGAGAAGGCGCCCGAUAGCAGCGCGUCCAGUUCUCCCCUUCCUAACCGUCCCCGACGAGAGGAAAUAGAAAGACCAUCUGCAAGCAGCACCCAAAGCAAAACACCCGAAAAUAAGUCUAGUCUUCUAGGAUUUAUUGGUUCAUUGUUUGGUCAUUCAUUGUGAGUAGAUGUAACGAGUGAGUAACGAGUGAGUAGAUGAAUCAGUGAGUAACAAAAGCUAAGAUAAAAUAACAGCGCGCUAACUGACUGUGGCAUUCGUGUUACGAUCGAUCCCCUAUUUCAUAAGGCCGUUAGCGACCAAACGCAAUGCUCGCGGGUACGCAAUGUGCUCCGCCCGGUGAAUUCGCUCCGUGAGCGUUUCUUCCGUAUCGCCUGGCAAAACUGGCACGCGUUCCUGAAGGAUGAUAGCGCCGGUGUCUACUCCUUCGUCCACGAAGUGUACCGUGCAGCCCGACUCUAGAUCGCCCGCUGCCAAGGCCUGUCGUUGUGCAUGGGUUCCUUUAUGCUUCGGAAGUAACGCCGGAUGAAUGUUGAUCAGCCGACCAGCCCAUCGUCGGACAAAGCCGCUCGAAAGGAUGCGCAUAAAUCCGGCGAGACACACAAGAUCGACACGAGCCUCUUGCAACGCAUCCGAAACUGCCUCAUCGAACUGCUCUCGGCUAGCGAAGUCCUUGUGAUGGAUCACUGCCGAGGGAAUGUUGGCCUUCGCUGCCCGUUCGAGUCCCAGGACGCCCGGUUUGUUCGAAACCACCAACACGAUCUCGCCUCGAAUGCCCGCCGCAGUUGUACGCGUGGCAUCGAUCAGUGCCUGCA